AUGUGGGAGUGGGUCAGAAGAGCUGUGCUGCACUCGCUGGCCACGGCCCUCCUGCGCCUCUGGAAGGGGGUUCGGGCUUUCUGGUACAAAAAUGGCCUCUUGACUCUCUCGAUGCUGUCGGUGGUCACUGGAUGCCUCCUGGGGUUCCUGCUGCGGGCGCUGGAGCUGACAGACCUGGAGAAGCAGUAUUUUUCCUUUCCUGGAGAGCUCCUCAUGAGGAUGCUGAAGAUGCUGAUCCUGCCCUUGAUCACCUCCAGCCUCAUGUCUGGGCUGGCCACCAUGGACUCCAAGGCCUGUGGGAAGAUGGGGGUGAUCACCAUCACCUACUACCUUUGGACAACCUUCAUGGCAGUGACUGUGGGGAUCAUCCUCGUGGUCAGCAUCCAUCCUGGUGCAGCUGCCCAGAAGGACAACUACUCCGUGGGGAAAGUGGUGCUCAGCUCCGCCGACGCGUUACUGGAUUUAAUCAGAAACAUGUUUCCUUCUAACCUCGUUGAAGCUUCGUUCCAGCAGUACCGAACUGUUCUUGUUCCAGUGGUGAAGUCUCCUGGAUUUCCAAAGAUCCCAGGAAAACCUGUCAAUUUUAUUUACUUUGCACCUGAUGACAAGAACCCUGAAAUCCAUCGGCCUGUGUUCCUUGAGCUGACACCAUCACCUGAGAUGACCUACAGGACCCUGGCUGGGACCAGCAAUGAGAUGAAUGUCCUGGGCAUUGUCAUCUUCUCAGCAACCAUAGGACUUCUCCUGGGAAAAAUGGGCGAGCGAGGAGCCCCGCUGGUUAACGUGUGCCAGUGUCUGAAUGAAGCAGUUAUGAAAAUUGUCUCGAUGGCCGUUUGGUACUUCCCCUUUGGCAUUGUAUUUCUCAUAGCUGGAAAGAUCUUGGAGAUGGAAGAUCCAUCGGUUAUUGGACAGAAGCUGGGACUGUAUGUCAUUACAGUAGUGUCAGGGCUUGCCUUGCAUGGAAUCAUCCUCUUACCUCUGCUUUUUGUGCUCAUCACCAAGAAAAACCCCUUUGCUUUCAUUCAGGGGAUACUGCAAGCCUUGCUGAUCGCCUUAGCUACAUCUUCCAGCUCAGCCACCCUGCCCAUCACCCUCAAGUGUCUCCUGGAGAACAACGGCAUCGACAGGCGCGUGGCGCGCUUCGUGCUCCCCGUCGGGGCCACCAUCAACAUGGACGGCACCGCGCUCUACGAGGCUGUCGCUGCCAUCUUCAUCGCCCAGGUCAACGAGUAUGAGCUGGAUUUGGGACAAAUUAUAACUAUCAGCAUCACAGCCUCAGCAGCCAGCGUUGGGGCUGCUGGGAUCCCACAGUCCGGGCUCGUCACCAUGGUCAUCGUGCUCACCUCCGUGGGGUUGCCCACCGAGGACAUCACCCUCAUCAUCGCCGUCGACUGGGCUCUGGACCGGCUGCGAACGAUGACCAACGUCCUCGGGGACGCGCUGGCUGCUGGCAUCAUAGCUCACGUCUGCGAGAAGGACUUUGCCCCAAAGCCCCCCCCGCAAAACCCAGUGAGCAACACAGACAAGUUUCCUUCUUCAGAAACCUCACACCUGCAUCCCAAAGACAACGGGAUUGAAAUGACGGAGGAAACCCUGUUGGAUCAGACAGGAGUUCACUAUAACAUCUGCCAGGUGUAGAUAACAGCAUUCCUGCUCCCAGAAAUGGCAUCUUGGUGCUAAACACUGACAUUGUGAGUGUCGCAUAUGGAUGCUCUGCAAGAUGAAGGCCUUACUUGGCACAAAAAGUGGGAAAAUCCUCUCUUACGCUUUUAAGAUUGUGGGAUUCCCAGCAGGCACCCAAAGAGCAUGGUUCUGCCACUGGGGCAGGGAGCCAGCUCCUCCCUGCACCUGAGGACACAGCUGGGAGCUCACUGCCCUGUCUUAAAUGGCUGGGUUUGAAGGAUUUAUAACUCCCAUUUUUCCAAGCUCACCUAUUUUUGAAAGCUAGGCAUGUGAGCAGGUAUCAGCAGAUUGGAUUUGGUGAGAAUGCAGUAGGAAUGGGACAUAACACUGAACCCUCUGGCCAGCAGCUCUUCCCUGGAGGCCAGGCUGUGCUCCAGAAGCUUUUGUUUUCCUUAUUAUAGAGAUUAAUUUUUUUUAAUCAAUGCUUUUUAUUUUACUACUGCAUUCUCAUCUAAAAACUAAGAUUAAGUGAAUUUUUGUCUCGAGAUCAAAAUCCAAGUUGGACAUAACUGGAUUUCCCAGCUGUCAGGUUACAGACAGGAUGACUGAGCUGUUGCACUCUCUCAGGGACAGUGGGAUCCACUGGCUGGAAGGAAGGCCGGCCCAUCUGUACACCUGUUUCUACAGCUGUUUUAUUACAGAGAACUAAUUAACCAGGCCUAACUGCACUGUGCUGAUUGUCCCAGCUAAGGAUCUGUCCCCAAGCUCAAAUUCCAAUUACAGCCUUAAAAUCCAGGCUUCCCAGGGCAGCCUUCUACACAAAAGCCUUUUAUUCCAACAAUUCAUGUCAGUGAAUUAAUUUGUCUCUCAAAAUGUCAACUCAUUCCUUUUCUCCUUCUUGAUCUUUCCUGACAUAGAAUUGGGAAUGGUAACACAGCUCAGACCCCCACUCACAUCACUGAACUGUUCUCCAACUGUACAUAAAGAAAACAUUUUCUGUGCAGAAUUCUUUCCAGCUGAAGUCAGAGGUUGUAAAUUUUUUUUUAAUUUAGAAGAAAUAUUCAUUUGUUUUGCCAAAUGAAAAGCAGAAACUAUUAAAUAUCAUAAACCACCUUUUGCACAAAAAUUGUCUUCUUUUAACUUACAAAAGCCGUCGCAUAAGUAGAAUCCUGGGCAACAUAAGCUUGAGACACUGCUGCUAACUUUGGCCUUUUUCACCCUUUCUCCUUGGUGAGGUCAAUUAAUACCUUCUUAAACAUUACAGCCCAACUGCUCUUCAAGGAGCAGUCACAUCAUUCACAAAAAUAAUCACAUUUCAAAUCAAUCUCUGCAGCUUCCCCAGACAUCCCUCCCUCCUUCCCACAUCAUUCAUGAUCACUUUGAUACAUCACACGCUGGUUCAGCAUCACUGGCUCUGAAGGGCUUCGUGGUUGUUCCUCUAUAGCAGCAGUGAGCCCAGCCACCCACACCCCCUGGGAGAUGCUGGUGAACACUGGGGAGGCUCCAGGCAGCCCCAGCUCUGCACAAGGACCGAGCAUUCAGUCAGUCUGCAAGAUAGCCACACCCCGCAGACACAGCUGGACAGACACCUCCAGUGCACCUGCUCCAACACAGUAAUUAAAACAGGCAGAAUUAUGAGACCUGUUUGGUCAGUCACUGGUGCAUGGGAGCACCCACAUCCCUCCCUGGAUGAGUCCAGGCCAACCAGCACGGACACCAGCACAGGCAGCAGAGAUGAGCCCCAUUUCACUUCCACUCUCCUCUCAUUAAUGAGCUCUGGAUAUUACAGCACACAAUUAACCCUACAACAAAAGGCAAGAUGCAACAUCCACAGCAAAGGUCCUUGAGUGAGUGCUGGGGCUGGAGGAUGAGCCUUUGGGCAGUCACUCCCAUCACUGGGCUCUGGCUGCUGCAGACCAGAUCACUUUAUCCCCUGCCCCAGAAACUGCAGGUCAUACUGAAACUACUUAAACAGCACAUCCUUGAGCUCACUGCAACAAAGAAAAAAUAUUACUGAAAAAACUGAAUAUCACAGUAAUAAAUCUAGAGCUGGUGAAGCCAAUCCCACCCUGUACAACUCACCCCAGGAGCUGCAAGUCCUGUGCUUUAUCAGUCCCAGAAUGGCUGGAUUGGAAAGGAACUUAAAGCUCAUCUCCCAUGGGCAGGGACACCAUCCAGUAGAUCAGGCUGCUCCAAGCCCUGCUCAACCUGGCCUUGAAAGUGUUGGUAAUAUCUCUUACCAUCUGGUGAGAUUCACAUUAGCAGAGAUGUUUUGAUUGUGGAAAUCAGCAGGAAGUAUUUUGGUGCUAAUAAGGUUAAGUGUCAUGCUGGAGUCCACAUAGCCUUGUCCUUGUGACAAAUACAGCAAGGGAGACCUUUGAGUCCAGCAGCCUCAAAACUGGGCUGUCAUCACUGUGCCCUCUAACAGGAUAAAACAAGGGAAAAAAAAAUAAUUCAGGUGCUUCUGAAAAUCAAUUUGUGGUCUGGUAUAGAGGAAGGCAUUGUUAUUGAUGGGGAAAACCCAAAGGCAGCAAGGACAGUCCAUCUUCAGCACUGCACACAGGUACAGGAGAGGCACCUGAACACCUUUAACAGGGUGGAAAUUGCAGAAAAGUAAAUGAAGCAGAUUUAUGGGAUGGCCCAGCUGGUGAGGGGCCCACUGCUCCAGACUAUGCCUUUGGGAUGGCACCAUCCCAACCCCACCUGUGUUUUCAAUAAUCUGCUGCUUAGGAAACACUGACACCAGUGUUUAUCUGCUGCUCCGGGGGGAACAGCAGCCUACCUGUGCCACCCCUGAGAGCUGGUGACACCCAUGGAACCCCAGAAUGCCAGCAGGGCUUUUGUAGAGAGCAACACAAACUCAUCAGGGGCGAGGAACAAGAGAUUUCUAGAAGAUGAGAAAGUAGCAGAGUCUAGACAAAGUCAGUGGGCACCACCUGGAGGAGUUUUAUUCUGUACCAACUGUAUUCAGGAGACCAGGAUGGGAAGGAGGUGAAGUUCCACGUGUCCCACAUCAGGAAACCUGAGGGGUCUUCCUUGGCAAACAAACUCGUCUAUACAGCCUCAAAAAAGGUGAAAAGAAGGGUGCUGGCACUGCCCAGGCUGCCCAGGGAAUGGUCCCGGCCCCAAGGCUGCCAGAGCUGCAGGAGCGUUUGGACAGCGCUGCCAGGGGUGCUCAGGGUGGGCUUGUUGGGGUGGCUGGGCAGGGACAGGGGCUGGGCUGAGCAUCCCUGAGGGUCCCUCCCAGCUCAGGAGAUCCUGUGGUUCCAUAAUUAAAUUCUACUGACUGACACACUGCACCUUCAAAGUCUUAUAAACUAUUUUCCCAGGCAUCAGUAAGAAGAAGAGGUGCCUCUCUCUGUUCUAGCACUGAAAAUCUCUCUGUUAUUUCCAUGCAAUUAGAGAAGUACAGGCAGUGCAAGGCACACACUACAGCACAGAAAUCUGGGGUACAGAAAGCACACAAGCUCAAACCUGUACUUCUUCCUUGGGAAUCCUUGUUUUCCUUAUAAACAAAAAUCUUAGCUGCUAUGGUAAUACAGGUGAUCCCUGGGUUAUGGCUGCUGUGUAUGAUAUUAUAAUAAAGUUGGAGAGCAACUGGGUGAAGGAAUUUGGCUGUUAUACAAGUGUUAUUUUCCUGAAAAAAAUUGAAGGAAAAAACAUUGAAGGAAAGCUACUCUGGUGAACUAAAAUCCAUGUGGAAGAUAUUUAUGGGGUCUGUGGUUAUUAAGCAAAAGGAAAAGCUGAAGCAGCUGUUGGUUUUGGGGCACUUCCCAGACAGAGGGACAGAAAACCCACCUGUUGGCCACAUGAGCCUUGACUGGGGAAUGACAUUUCUGCAAUGGUAUUUGGGAAUUUGAGGAUGUGACUGGCCAUAAAGUGAAUUUUCAUUGAACAGAAUGACUUGAGUGUAUACUUUAUCCAAAAGUCAUUGGCUUGUUCCUACAAGCCCAUGGAUAAUUUGCCUCGAUCCUACAGACUGGUUCAUUUCCAUGUUAUCAGCAGUCUUCCAGAGAACAAAUUAUUUUUACAUAUCUGAAUUCAUAAAAUGAUGAGUUUUGAUCAGAGACUUUCACUUUUAUAUUAUUUUCACACCUUUUUAGGAUGUAUAAAUGGAGUUGGAAGGGCACUGUCAGCAGAGCGCUGCUGACAUCCUUCCUUCGGAUCACAAUGCACCUUGGUUUGUGUUUUACUAAAACUGAAAAAAAUAACAAAAUAAGUCAAUGCUGUAGCAUGUGGCAAAAUACAAUCCAAACAACAGAUGUGAAAAGCAGCCCCAAACUCUCUUUUAAUUUAAAGUAUUACUACUACUAGUAGUAGAAUACUACUACUUCAAAAUUAGUCUGCAAGUUUUCUAGAAUAAUUUUGAAAAGUCCCUUCCACAAAAAAUUUUGAAGGCAAUUAUUUAAAUCUAUUAAAACCACAGGUUUCUCUGUAAAACCAGAUUUUCAAAACAGCCCUGAAUGACAGAUAUGGCUAAAGUAAGGGUUUUUUUUGACAAUCACAGCAUAUAAUUUCCACUAAAUGCUCCUCUAAGGAGUGAGUGCCUCCCUGGGGAUGUGUUUUCUGCCUCUCCUUUUCCAAUUCACUGUAAUGCAUUUGUUUCCUUGAGGAACUCCUAAUUUUGACUGAAGUGAUAAUAAAACUUUCUAGAAGAUCUGAAUGAAUUAUUUCAGUGCCUCCUGCAGGCAGGUGCAGCUCAGUGCAUCACCCAGGGUUCCACACAGCCCAGCCCAGGGCAGGGCAGGGCAGGACGUGGUGCCACAGGAGCACACGAGGCACAUCAGGACCUGUGCUCCUGGGACCAUUUGCAAACUGUACAAGAGUUAGCAGUUCAGAUCUAGCUCAUAAAUUGCCAUUCACUGUUCACAUGCAGAGAAUCUCAUCCCACACUGUGUGCAGGUGUCGGAGCCCAGGAUGUCUCUUUGAAUCCCUGGCAGGGGGGUCAGAGACCCUGGCAUUCAGCCAAAGACCCCUGCAGCUUUGAGUUCGACCCAUGGAACAAAUUACCACCUUCGUAUGAAGAACUAAAGGUCA